AUGACGGUGGCGGGGGCGCAGACGUCGACUGUGUCAGCAUUGAUCCCAAACACAACAGCCAGAGUAAAAAAUUCCAGCCAGCUUGGAGAGGCCUUCCCCACGAACAUUGGAGUCGUGCAAGGUGACCCGCUAUCGCCCACUAUGUUCAAUAUGUAUGCCGAAGGAGCCAUGCGGAAGAUCGAUGCAGUUAGUAGCCUUGCAAGAACUCAAGAUGUACCCUCACCUUCAACACAAUACGUAGAUGAUACAACCAUGCACGCAUCAUCGAGGAGUGCUGUGGAGACCAUGGUAGCCACAUGUGAGCCGAUCUUCAAAGAAGACAACCUCAACCUUAACUUACAAAAAACCGUAUAUUUAACUGCUUCCCGCACUGAUGCAUCGUGGAAAACGGUCAAGCUCCUUGGUUCCUUGCUGGACUCCACGGAGGAUGUGGCAGCCAGGAUCGGUGCAGCGAACCGAGCAUUCGGCUCGAUAGCAUGGAAGCGGCAUUGCCUGGACUCACGGCUUUGCAUGUUCUCGGUUCUCAUUGUUCCAGUGCUGCUGUAUAACUGCGGCCUGUGGACCCUCACGAAGCGACAGAAUGAACAGCUAGAUGUAUGGCAGAGAAGAAAGCUCCGUUAUAUCUUCGGAGUCCACUACCCACACUGCAUAUCCAACCAAAUCCUGUAUGAAAAAUCAAAACAGCAACCAAUCAGCAGGGUCUGCAAGAGAAGACGUCUCCUAUGGUUCGGCCAUGUUGUUCGGGAAGGUCCGGGCACGGCUUCCUAUGGCGCGCUAACCAUGGCCAUCGACACGUCCAAGAUCAAGCGUCCACAAGGAUGA